CUCGGCCACAUUUGAACCGUCUUCUUAUAUAUUUUUUUUAUUUCAAUGUGUAACUCUCUUACUCUUGUAGGUGUGCGAGUGUGUGUGUGUAUGCCAUAUGUGUCACACUGUCACGUGUGCACGCGCGCGCGCCUUAAGGACGUUUAUUAGCCGUCACGAUUUUCUUUUCAAACGGCAUUUGCUAUUUUGUCCAUAAUUACUCGGCUAUUAUACCGGUCAUGACGUCUUAUCCGGUCAAGCGACACUGUCGACACUAAAUACCCGCGUACGACGGCACACACGACCAGAACAAAAGCCUAAGCGAUGUGUUAUUUUAGUGUCCCGUCAUGGCUACUAAUAAUAAUAGUAAUUCCCGCUUCAAUGAAUGUCGCAGGCAGAGAAUCGACGGCCUUAGUAAAAAACAUCAACGAAACCGAAACGUUUUACUACGAAAUACGCCCGGAAUUGUUCAACUGGACAAACGGAAUAGACGGUAAUAAGUUCUCUUACACACCGUCGUUGCACAAUUAUCCGGACUUGCCGCCUUGGAUCCGUUACAAGUCCAACGACAAGAACGGAUACGGAUACAUUUACGGUACCCCGCCCGUUACGCCCGAACUACUACAAUUUCAAUUAGAUAUUGUUGGACAAAACAAAAAGACGUAUCAUGUCGUAACGAAAGUUAUCCAGUUAAAUAUUUUCAAAAAACUUGAUAUCGCGAAGUACGAAGUCCGAUUAAAAAUUAAUAAUUUAAAUGUAGAAGAUAUGUUUGAAGAAGAUCGUAUUAAAUCAUUACUGGAUAUUUUCAGACAAAACCUAUGGCUAGAAAGCCAACCAAAUUUAUACGUUACAUUUUUGGCAUCAGCUAGCGAUCUCGGACAACGGAUGCCAUUAGACCCGAGAGAUCAAGAAGGUGUUAUUGUCAAUAUCGGAUGUGCGGCUAAUUUCUCAUCUAGUCUUUAUGAUCUCGAAAAAGAAAUCAGUCCGUUACACAAAAUGAACAAAUGUCCAAAAGACUUUAAAAGAACAAGUGUCGAGAGAUACUUUCGAGCAAAUAGUUUCAACUUAGAUUGGUGCAGCUUUAGACUAGUACCACUUUACAGUGAAUAUUACGACCAAGCUUCAAGUACUGAAAACAAAGUGAAUCGUAAUGGUCAUGUUGAAGAAAACAACAACUGGGAGCUAAUGGAAUCAUUACCAUCUAGUUGGAUAGCAAAUACAGUAGUUACAAACGUUUUUAACAUAUCUUUAAUCGCUUUUGCAAUUGUUUUACUUGGAAUUUUAUCUAGCAUUUGUAUUUUAAAAUGGUACUCUAACGAAAAAUUAAAUACUUUUAAGAAUGUAAUAUUAUGCAAGGAAAUAAACAAUUAAAUCAAAUAAAAAAACUA